CACGAAUUGAAGACGAUUGCCGCGACUGCGAAUUGCAGUUCAGGCUUGUGCGCAUUCUGGUAAUCGCGUACAAGAUCAUAUAAUACGUGUCGCCGCGCUCUGCGCCCACCAUCCGCCAUGUCGCAAUCACUACGGCCAUACCUCUCCUGCGUGAGGCAGACUCUCACUGCGGCGCUCUCAUUAUCGAACUUCGCCUCGCAAGCUUCCGAACGACACAAUGUCCCCGAGAUCGAAGCGAAAACAUCUCCCGAAGUCGUCCUCAAUCCACUCACCGUUUCCCGAAAUCAGGAAGAGCGAGUAUUGGUAGAGCCUUCAGUGAACAGCGUGCGAGUCAGCAUACGGAUCAAGCAGGCAGAUGAGAUUGAACACAUCCUGGUGCACAAGUUCACGCGGUUCUUGACGCAGAGAGCUGAGGCUUUCUUUAUUCUGAGGCGGAAGCCGGUGCCUGGCUAUGAUAUUUCGUUCUUGAUCACGAAUUUUCAUACGGAGGAGAUGUUGAAGCACAAACUUGUGGACUUCAUUAUACAAUUCAUGGAGGAGGUGGACAAGGAGAUCUCGGAAAUGAAGCUUUUCCUAAACGCUCGAGCACGUUUUGUUGCUGAAAGCUUCCUUACGCCAUUCGACUAAGCUCUGCUGCGUGGAGGGCUCUUCGCCGCUGCGGGGACAGGAGGGUACUGAGCUGCGAAAAUUGCGAGGCAAUCUGUUUGCACGUUUAGAUGAGUCAUGACAAUGAGAAAGCGCUCGAAGCGUCGGCUAGAAGGUGUACGUCCGCGCGAAUGUGGAUCGAUUUCAUGCCAGGCCAUAGAUAUGCGAGACGACUGGAGGCACGUAGGCUCGCCGCUAACCACUCCGCAAGCAACGAAGUCAAUCACAUCCGAUUCAGCUGUAGCAUCUCACGAGUCCAUAACGUUUCCUCGCAC